CGCGUUUGUGUGGUUUGACCACGGAUGAAAAUGACAGCGCCUGUCUCCUCUGGUCUCGUCGCUCCUGCUCCGACCGUCGCCUUUGCCGUCCUGUCCGCCGCCGUUCCCACUCGACCCAUUUGGGACACGUCCGUCGCCCCGGGGCGCACCGGAAGCGACGAAGGCGUGCCCCACGCCACUCUUUUCCUCCUCCUCCCGUGCGCGCACCAGGUCCGUGUGGGCCUCCUUCACGGAAUCCUCAAUCUGCUCAAAAGUCAAAUCAGGGGUGCGGUCCAAAAGUUUCUUCUCUAUCUUGUAGUCGGACGAGAGGGCAGACACUAGGUGGUCGUUUGCUUCGUUGUCAGGAUACACUGUCCCGUGCGACGCUAGUCUACUCCGCAAAAUAGAGAACCUACCGAAGUACUCUUGUGGAUGUUCGUUUGCAUGCAUUGCGAAGCCAUGGUACUCUUUCAAAAGUCUUUUCUUCUCCGCUUUCGCUUGUGGCUCGUAAUAUUUGAGGAAAAUCCUCCAGCCACCACUCGGGCUCCCGUCCGACACGAUUUCCGACAGAAUCGGCAUGUACGAGAUUGACGUGAUUAGCACAUUCCAUGCCACUAUAGCCUUGGCUACCUUUUGUUCGCCAUACUCAGUCUUCAGGUCAGUCAUACUGAUCCCCUGCCUCCCUACUGGGAUGUCUUGGUUGCUCAUCACUACUUCGUGAACAUCCUCCUGCGCAAAGCGUGCUACCAUGCUCGAUCGAAAAAUCAAAAGCUUCUGCUGCCUACUGUCCCCCGACUUAAACACACCAUCCCAAGGCUCAAUUCUUCUACUCUCAGUCAUACGAAGAGUUGCGGGGUGAGACACUGCACCGAUAUCCCCUGAGGUUUGGAGGCGACCGGCCAUGGCAGUCGCAAUCGCGUCGGCCAGCUCGUCUGCGGAGGGGUUGGGUGUUGGGCGCCCA